ACCACCAUUUUUUGCUUUAGCUAUUUACAAGAGUUUGAGUCAGCCUUAAGAGUUUGGAUGUUGAUAUUAGGAACUCGGUUCUCUCAAACUAGUGGUUUUGACUUUUGAACUUGUGUUUGUUUUGAUAUAAAUGUAACUAAACCAUUGCCUUUGACUAUCUAAUUUGUAGAUAAAAAAUCAGCAUUAAUCAAUUAAUGCUUUACUUGAAAGCAAUUUUUCUUUUCUUUUCUUGUUUACAAAUUUAAUUAAUAGCUUGAUCAAGACUAGCUUACAUUCUUGUGCUUGAAAAGAAGGCUGUAUAAAAGGGUGUAGAAUAGGUGAGGUUGGGUAGAGUUUGUUGUAUCAACUUUGAUCAAAAUCUUCAAAUGGGGAAUUUUUUAGGGAAAAAAAUGGUACAAUUUCUUACUAUAAAGAAAACUACUAUGGAGCUUUCCUUUGUCUUCCAUCUUCAAAACUUCACUAUCAAAACAUUUAAUGGGGAUUUUGAAGAUAUUGGUGGUGGUAAUAUUUGGUGGUGUUUUGCAUGGAAUUGAAAGUUUAGGGGAAGGACUUUUGGUUUUUGACUACUACAAAGAAACAUGCCCUUUUGUCGAAGAUAUUGUUCGACGACAAGUUGAGAUUGCUGUGCACAAAGAUCCUCGAAUGGCUGCUUCUCUCCUUCGAUUGCAUUUUCAUGAUUGUUUUGUUAUGGGAUGUGAUGCAUCAGUUCUUCUAGAUAGCAUUGACGAGAUGGUGAGCGAAAAGCAAGCGGCUCCAAAUUUAAACUCUCUUCGUGGUUUCAGUAUCAUCGAUGAGAUAAAAUACAUAUUGGAAGAAGCUUGUCCUUACACUGUAUCUUGUUCUGAUAUUUUGACCAUUGCUGCUCGGGAUGCUGUUGUACUCAGAGGAGGACCUGAAUGGGCAGUGUUAUUGGGAAGGAAAGACUCCUUGAAAGCAAGCUUUGAUGGUGCCAACAAAUACAUUCCUUCUCCCAAUUCUUCCCUUGAGACCUUAAUUGCCAACUUUCAACAACAAGGCCUUAAUGUUCAAGACUUGAUUGCUCUGUCAGGAAGCCACACCAUAGGGAAAGCAAGAUGCUUGAGUUUUAGACAAAGAGUAUAUGAAAUGAAUGAAGGAGAAGAAGGAGGAGGAGAAGAAGGAGAUAGAUACAAGAGAUACAAUACAUAUAAAAGAAUUUUAAGGUCAAUUUGCCCUAAAACAGGCCAAGAUCAAAGGGUAGCACCCUUGGAUUUUAGGACACCAGCAAGAUUUGACAACCAUUAUUUCCUCAACAUUCUUGAAGGCAAAGGGCUUUUAGGGUCUGAUGAUGUGCUCAUAACCCAAGAUUAUGAAGGUGAAAUUAGAAGACAAGUUUGGAGCUAUGCUUCUGAUCAAACCCUCUUCUUUGAUUCAUUUGUUAAGUCCAUUGUCAAGAUGGGGAAUAUCAAUGUCCUCACUUCUCAUGAAGGUGAAGUAAGAAGAAAUUGUAGGUUUAUCAAUCACUAAUUUCUCGUCGGUUUACGUACCACGAGAGUGAUUAUGCAAGGGUUUGAAAUCACUUUUGUUAUUUUUAAUCAAAAUUCAGUUUUGACGUUAAGAAACUUA